UGUCCUCAAUGACUUCCCGUAGAAGUCGAAAAGGCUCUGGUAAAGAUUCAACUUUAACUUGAAGUGUAGAAAGUUGAUCGCACCUAUAUAGCACAAAUGGACAUGCAACGCUCAAUAAGAAAGAGUGAGUCUGGCAUCAAUCCCGACAUCCCAGGCCAACCUUAUUGCGUGUCGGUGUUAAAAGAGGGCUACUGCACAGCUCAACCCGAUGGCUCGUUCAAAGCUGACGGUACUAUUUCUUUAAUUACUGGACCAAACACUGUUCUGGUCGAUACGGGGGGUCCGUGGGACCGGGACUUUCUCGUCGCAAGACUAAAGGAGAAGGGUCUGACGCCAGACAGUGUGGCUCUAGUAGUCGGAACACACGGUCACUCUGACCACGUGGGAAACUUGGGGUUGUUUCCAGAUGCCAAAAUAAUCGUGGGAUGUGACAUAAGCGUGGGAGAUCGAUACCUGCCAAAUCAACUGGCUGAAGGACAGCCAUAUCCUAUUGAUGAUUUUGUAUCCAUCAUCCCCACUCCUGGUCACACCGGAAGAGAUGUCAGUGUCUUGGUAAAGGGAACCUCACAGGGCACAGUCCUUGUUGCUGGGGAUUUGUUUGAGUGUUGCCAUGAUGAAGACUCCUGGAAGGAGCUGAGCGAGAACCCUCAGAUACAAGAGACCAACCGACAAAUGGCGUUACAGACUGCUGAUGUCAUCAUUCCUGGACACGGGCCAUUGUUUAGGGUGUUGAUCACUGCUAUUCACAUCCACAGCACGGGGAGGCAAGGCUGUUGUGCAAACUGCUGUGGGAUGUUCCUGUCCAUUAUGUUUGCUGCAGUUGGUGUGGUUGGAGCACUGUACAGUGCUGUUGUAGCUGCUGUUGGAUUGGUUGAUGGGCCAGUUUGCAUGAAUGAGUUUGGCAUCUGGGGCAGACCAUUCAAAAACAGCAGUGAAAGCUACUUCGGAAACUCUGACAUUUGGAACAGCUGCAAAGAGCCAGAAAAUGUAGUAGAGUUUAACAUUGGCCUGUUUAGCGCCCUGCUGGUGGCUGGGUUUUUAGAAGUGGUUCUCUGUGGAUUCCAGAUGUUCAAUGGUCUCUUUGGCUGCAUCUGUUGUACAUGCAAUAACAAAUUGGCAUAAAAUCAAGAUGACAACAGACUAGAUAAAAGUGAAGAAAGGAUCCAGAUUUAUUAUGACACCCUACACAUUCUCCUUUUUCAUCAUUACUGUUUAGUGACGAUCAGCCGAUGUGGAAGUGAACACAAUGAAAUGAGAAAUGAACUGCAAGACUUACUCUACUGGUGCUAUAUUAUGUAAUUUCUGUUUAUAUAUUAUAAAUAUCCACACUGAGUGUUAAAACAUAUCUGUUUUUGUGUAAUCAUGUAUAUAUCUAUUUUGUCAGCCUAGCAACUUUUGCAAUAAAAUGUAGGGGAAGGAUUGAGCAUUAUUAUCUAAAAAAAAAAAUCACUUUUGAAACUUUA